AUGUCCCAAUCUUUCCCAACCGACGUCAAGCUCAAGUAUGUUCCAUACUCAAAGGCUGCUGACGAUAUUGCCGCCUGCGCCAACCCAAUUGCUUUGGAUUUAGCCAAACUUUUCCCUGGUAAAACCAUUGUGUUGACCUCUGCUCCCGGUGCUUUCACCCCUACUUGUACCGAGCAGCACGUUCCGGGCUACUUGAAAAAAAUCGACGAGUUCAAGCAGAAGGGAGUCGACAAAAUCAUCAUCCUCACCGCCAACGAUCCAUUUGUCAAUGCUGCCUGGGGUAAGGCAUUGGGCUACAAGGACGAAGAAAACUAUGUGGUUUUCGCAACCGACCCUAACGCAGCUUUGUCCAAGGAAUUGGGUGACGAGUACCUUGCUGACUUGACUGGUGCUGGUUUCGGACUUAGAACCGGUCGUUACGCUGCUAUUGUCAAGGACGGUAAGACUGAAUAUUUGAAGGCUGAAAACGGCGGUAGCUUGACUGACAUUGCUACUGCCGAGAACAUUUUGGGUAAGCUCUAA